CUUUGAGCGCUGGUCCAUGCAUGUGUUGCAGCGGCGGCGGCAGCGGCGAGUGAGUUUUCGCGAUGUAUCGUUUUUUCUCAGAGAGCGAGGAGCGUGGAGGGAGCUUCAGAGCAAGCUUUAGAGGGCAUCAAAGAGCUUCAGAGGCUGCUUCAGAGAGGCUCCAGCUGGAUGAGCAGAGCUGGGCAGAGCUGGAGCAGCAGAAAGCAGAGCAGCGAGCAGCAAGAAGGCAGCGCGAGGGCCAGUGCCUGAGGUAUAAAAUGGAGCUCUUCUUCCCUCCAUUCCUUCAAAUUCCUGCUCUUGUGGUAAACAACGCCAAACAAGAAACACACAAAUAAACGACGUGUCGUAAACAACACCAAAUCUCGCCUCUAUUAUUUCGCAUUAUUUAUUCCCCAACCCUCCCACCUCACGAAACCUUUGUUUUUUCUCAGGGGAUAACAAUAAACAAAAACAAAUACUCAUAUCUUCACUAUUAAUAUCGUCGAUAUCUUUAUCUAUCUCAUCUCUGUCUCUGUCGCCAUUUCUGU